GGUGAUGUCGAGAAGGUCUUCGUGAAUCGUGAAUAUUCGACCAUUACGACGACCGUGUAUGUAUUCUCUGGGCUGUCCUGUACACAAAUUAUUGUGAAGAAUCUAAGAUAAUCUGUAAUCAGUACAAACACGAGAAAUAACUAGCACAAAUGGAAGCUCUAGGUUCAUCCCAUGAGAAUCAAAAUCAGGUCCAAAAAAAUCUAUCAGGAUUGAAACAUGCACUGCAUGGGACAUCGUAUCAAUUGGAGCUUGGGAUGGUUGUUUGCCUGGCAAAUGUUAAAAAGGCUUUCGACCCGGCCAACGGCUUCAGUUUCACGGUCGCGGCGGAGGAUCCUUCAGCUGGAAUGUUCGAUGACAUCGUGUAUAACUUCGAGGAUGGUGAAAAGAAAGGAAUACUGAAGAUACAAGUCAAACACAAAUUGGGAUCGCCUGCUCCCAACAUAACGGUGACGAAUUUCACAACCACCAGGGAUACAAAGAAUUCGUUUGCUAUUCUGAAGUACUUCACCUCAUUCUGUGAUCAACAACAAUCAACAACCGAUCUGGAGGGAUUCAUCAUUUGCACCAAUGCAGAUAUAACCGACAAAGCAAAGGAAAUGUGGAAAACUGUCGUUCCAGCUGUCACGGACGAUUCAGCGACAUCUCUGGAUUCCUAUGUCUCAUCGUUAUUCGAUAGUAUUGGAGGUAAAUACUAUCAAUUGAACUACGAUAAACUAUGGGCUGCGGACGGUACGUUUAGCAAUUUUCAUCAACUAUUACGGAAAUGUUCCAAGCGUGCUAGACUAGCAAAGCUAUUGGUCGAAGCUACUAAACCCAACAAGAACAUAACGAACAGCAAUUCUCUCUUUAAAGAGUAUCGUCAAGCCAUUUUGAAUGUAAUAGAGAGGAAGAUAGAUGAAGCUUCAACGAGUGAUUCAUACGGGUUUACAAAUGAAUUUCUGGAUUCAUCCUUCUUCAACUCAAUGCCAGGAUAUGAAGCAUUUAGACAAGAGUUUGAAGAACAAUACCAAGAAGAAUUCACGAUCGGGGGAUGUGUAUGGGAUGUUUUGAAACAGAAACGGGUGUAUGUUUCGCAACCAUUUCUGUCAGAUGAAAACAAUCCAGACCCAUCUUCAGAAACAUUUCCCAAUGAUAAUGUCGAUGAAUCCUUCAAAUCAUUUUGCGAUCGGUUUCGUUUGGUUUGUGGCACUUACAGUGGGCAAAGGUUGGAUGACGCAAUAGUAGAAAUUUGGAGAAGUUUGCAUACUGAUUAUGAUCACAUGGCUAUUGGUCAUCGGAAGGGAUGCCUAGAGGAGAAAGUAGCUACCGAACGACUAUUUAAAACGAAUUUUGAUUGGGUGAUGGAUCCAUUUGCCAAACCAUUGCAGUCAGAGGAUAUAAAAAAGGAUUUCGAAAAUAUCGAAAACACUCUAGCAUACAUGAAAUUGAAGGGUAUCUCUGAUAAACUAGGCAGGAAAGUUGUGACGUCGUCAUUUCGACUUAGUCACGACGUUCUUGAAGCUUCUAGCUUAUAUAAGCGAGUUGAAACAGAAAGCUUUCUGCAGCUUGAGGCAUACGACAUUCCUUUUGGGGCGACGGUAAUAUCAGACAUUUUGCUUGUACAGGGAUAA